CGCUUCUCUAGCAAUUUUGCUUUCUGACAUGUACUCUCAGCUGUUGAUCAGUUUCAUUGUCAUUCCCUUCCUUUCCUUCUUUUUGAAGAUUUCGUCACUCGCUUUAAUGAUAUUCAUUCGGCUAUUGUAUAUGCUGUUGGCCGCCUUGCUGGAGUGCUCAACGGAUGCUCAGCCAUUCGAACCGGCCACCAGUGCCCAGCUGAAUGGAGGACCGCAGAAGCCUGACAGCGAUCUCGUUGACAGCAGUCCUUCUCAGCUAGAAUCCUCCACACUCUUUGCGACAGAUAGCCUCCCAUCAUCGGCUGGACCCCGUAGAACAGCUGAAGUGCACUCUGCGACGUCUCUUCAAGCUGAAAUGCCCCUAUCAUCCCCUUCGGCCGAUCGCACCUCUCAGGAAGACGCGUCGGCAUCUGCUCGGCCAGAGCCUAACGCGCCGCGAUCUUCCACUCCUCCCCCGGCUUACGGUACACCCAGCGCUCCAGCUCAACCUUCCCGCCUAGACGACCCACUUGCGGACCUUGUCGCGAUAUUCCCGGCUGCGUCAAGAGCGGGGUUCACCUUUCAAGGGUUCCACACAACUGGCAACGCGAGAGUCCACUACCCCACCAUGAUCUAUGGUGGAUGCAACAAUCGUGGUGCGGAAGUCCGCCUUGAACGGCAGAGUGAACUUUGCACUUAGAGUUUGCUGGGCGAGGCCUUUCCUGGACGUCGCUGGCUGACCCUAAGCAUGAUGGCACUGGCAUGCGUGAUCAUGCAGGCCACUGCAUCGCAAGGGUCUAUCUGAUAUGCCUCAACCCCAGGAACAGAGUUUCCUGGAUAUAUUUAUCGAUGUUGUCAUUUCCGACUCCGCAGGACGGGCAUGCAUUCCUGCCACGAUCGCUUACGGAACAUCAGUCUGGCGUCAACGACAACGAUUGACAUCGAUCCUGCGUCUGGAGUAUACCUCAUAAUUUAAUUGAUUUUAUUACUACUUAUCAUCCAUUAAUAGCUGGCGUUCAGUAUUGUCUCCUUACUAUACCACGCUCAUUGACUUAGCCACUCUACCUUACAGCCAUACCCACUGCGUGUACUUAUAGGCUAAUGUUCUACCUUAUCCAAUUAUAAUUUCCACCUUCU